UGAGAGAGAGUGUAGGCAGCCGAAGCACUAAUGACAAGUUUUGUUCCCCUUUUUUGUCUCCUUCAAAUAUGCAGGUUAAGAUUGCGAGAGCUGAAGAUGGCUUUUAGGGUGCAAUCAUUUGAAUACUGAAGGAUGUGGCAUUAGCGUCCGGGACCUCGCUGGGGUUUUCUCUUUGACCGAAUCACAUGAUGACACAGGAAACUUGAACACAAUUCUCAUUUAAGAAGAGCCCAGCAUUGUUGUGGUACUCCAGCUGGCUAGGUCAUCAUUGCCUUCAUAAAUUUUGCUAUGUGUGGAUUUUUUCAUUACCCUUUGUUAGCUAUCUCUCUCACACUCUGUCUCCCUCUCUGGCUCUCUCCCAGUUUCUCUUGCCUACAAUAGCGUAGUGACAAGAUCUGCACGUUGCAGAAUUCCAUUGAUUGGAGAGAAAGCCAAAGGGAAAAACGAGAUCAAAGUUCACUGACAGGCUGCAACAACACGGUACGCUGUAAAAAGUCAGUGGGACAAAAUAACUAGCCGUGUUCUGGCGCCGGAAGAACGACGUGCCCGGGAACUUUUUUGGGCUCCGGUCGACUCGUACCUCUGCGAUUGUGUGCGGGAGGCUUGGUUGCGAGACAAGACCAAUCAUUUGUCUUGAUACCCUUCACUGAGAGCAGGCAAACUGAGGGGGACGGAACGAACAAACCCCUCUAUCAAGACCUGAUCUAUUUCCCCAAACAAUUUUGUGUAUUCAUGAGGUUACGCAAAUGUGGAGGCAGCAAAAUUACCGUAAUCAAUUGAAACAGCGAGUGCGCAUCCAUGGCUCUGAUUAUUUGGAGAUCAUCUAUCAGCCUGAUGUCUGUGUAACGAGGAAAGGGGGGCAUUGAAUUACUAUUGAGAUUUACUGAGAAGUCCAUGAUCAUUGGGCAAGGGAGUUUGGUCAGUGAUAAUAGGACUCCUUGGUCUGGCGGCGGCGGAAGUAUUUCUCCAAACAUUAGAUAGCUGACACUGCACAGCUGAAAGGUGCUGUUUUGAAACUAAAACCCACAGUGUCCGGACAGGCUGGUGAGCCGCAUUCUCCAUAAUCUCCUUUUUUUCCCCCACCUGACAAAGGAAAAUCAGAGGUGGACAAGCGGCGGCUCUAAGAGGAUAAACUGAGCAUGGAGGUCAGAUACAACCAAGAGACUGAAGGGAUGGUGCUGAAGAAUGGACUAAAGGAGGGAAAAGAUGGCAAGGACUCCCAGGGCAGCCUGACCAAAAGCUUCCUCAAGGACCAGCAGGACUCCUUUCCCCCCUCCGGGACCGUGGACACUUGUGACAAGAACAGGGGGAGCACAGGGGACCCAGACUACUGUCGGAGAAUACUUGUUCGAGAUGCUAAAGGCUCCAUAAGAGAAAUCAUUCUGCCCAAAGGUUUGGACUUGGACCGGCCGAAGCGUACCCGCACCUCCUUCACUGCAGAGCAGCUCUACCGUUUAGAGAUGGAGUUUCAGAGGUGUCAGUAUGUGGUUGGAAGGGAACGCACAGAAUUGGCCCGUCAGCUCAACCUCUCUGAAACUCAGGUGAAAGUCUGGUUCCAGAACCGCCGUACUAAGCAGAAGAAGGACCAGGGGAAGGACUCUGAGCUGCGUUCGGUAGUUUCAGAAACAGCAGCCACCUGCAGUGUCCUCAGACUGCUAGAGCAGGGCCGGCUGCUGACGCCUCCCGGCCUGCCGGGCCUCCUGCCUCACUGCGGCAGCAGCACUCUGGGCUCUGCCCUGCGGCCACCCUCCAUGGCCAUGGCCAGCAACGGCAGCAGUAGCAGCAGCAGUAGCGGAGGAAGCACUGGCACAGCAGGCGGCAGCCCCCCGCUACCCGCCGUCACCAGCUCAGGGACAGUGGCAAGCUUGCAAAGCUCACCGGCAGCUCACAGCCUUUUCAGCUUCCCUAUGCCCUCCUUACUCAGUGGCGUCGCCACCCGCAUUUCCUAACCCCUCUCCAUGGCGGGCUCCCUGGCUGGAAACCUGCAGGAACUUUCUGCACGCUACCUGAGUUCCUCUGCCUUUGAGCCUUACUCGCGGACCAAUGGCAAAGAAUCCAUGGACAAGAAAAUCCUGGAAUAAUGCUUUGUUUUUACAUAGAUGGAGUCCUGUUUCCUCAGGACACGUGCCGGUUAUUUUCCUUGGCUGUUAUUGUCAUUUUUUUGUUUCGAGCUGUCUCUUUCAUCUGUCUGUGUCAUGUUUUGUAGCAGUUCAUGUAUUCCAGUUGCGCAUCUGGCGCCUUGUACGAGGAAGCAAACAUAAGCUCGUCUUAACAAAGAAAAGGUGGCAGUGGGGAGAUUUUGCACAAGAAGUUCAUAAAGGACUUUAUAAAAGAGAAUUAGAGAGAUAUACACUGAGGAGAGUAGUAACAGAUGUCUUUCUGUUAAUAAACAAAUAUUUAGUCCAAAAACCAACUAUAUACUAAAGCGCCUAGAGAAUACAGCUGCUACUGUGGUGCAUACAGUCUACAGCAGGGCGCUGAAGGCUGGUGACAAGAACUGUAAAGUUAUGGUAAUGUUGUUGAACUGUGUUCUUUGAUUGUGAUGGGUAGGUGCGUGUCAGAGCAGUGAGUAGAUAUAGACAAACAAGAUGAGACGUCAAACACCUGAGCAGCAGUUUGUGUCAUCCGACCGGUAGAUCAGUGCUUUUAAAAUUUAAUGUUAGCAAGGCCAAUUUCCUGAAACAGAACGAAAGAAGGGGUCGAGUCUGCGAUUAAAGGCCAGAGUCAAACCCAGCGAUCAGAGACGUGAUUACAGUUUGCAUAUGCAGAUGUUUCAUAAGAGCAUCUUUUGUAAAUCUGUAUUAUGUUUGAACCAAACCAAAACAGAAUCCAGAACAAUGUCGUCAUACAGUAUGAGAGUUGAAUUGUUCCGUGUUCACACACACACACACACACGUGUGUGUGUGUGUGUGUGUGUGAUUGUAAUUCCACUACGAGUUCUCCAGGUUUUGGUGUACAGUUUCUAUUGCGUGUUGGAGCUAAGCACAGGUACGAGCUACUGAAAGGGAGAAAAGGCUUUUCAGCUGAAACUGUUUGCUUUGUUGAACGCUACAAGGUAACAGCUUUUUCAAUCAUUAAGACAACCUUUCCUGUGCAAAAUUUCUUAAAUCCACAGCCUUCAGAAAAGAUUAAGGCCGAUGAUUCUUGUGGAGACUGAAUGAAAUUAUUGUAGUACUCAAGUACUGGAAAUGCAAAAUGUACCUUAAAGUUGUUAUUUUAUUGUAAAUUAUUUACUUCUGUAAUUAAUAGAUUAUUAGUAUAUCUGGAAAAUAAUGAAUGAAUGAAUGUAUUAGCAGGGUUCAAUCAAAAGCUCUUUGGUGCUGUUGUUGUGAAAUAUCUUGAAAUUUGUGAAAUGUGUGGUUCAAAUGUUGAUAUAUAUUAUGUAUACGGCUGCAGACAAAGACAAGUGUGUUUUUUUUUCUUCCAUACAUGUUGCUAUAAAUUAAGUUAUGAUAAAUUUCAUGACUGUCAUGCCUCCUCUACACGCGCCUGAUGUGUAUGCUUGCUGAUGUUAUUCCCACUCAUCCUUUGACUGGAGGGAACAAAAGCUAUGAAGCAACAAAGUGGACUAACGUGUUGCAGUGACAGCGUAAUUGGUUUAAAGGACAUUUUAUUAGGGCUGUACAGUUAUUUAUGUAAGCAAACAUUUUAUUCAUUUUGUACUAUAAGAGACCAGAAACAGUAGGAAAAAAAACUGCCUUUUUUGUUCCUUUUUCCAAAAUCUAAAACAAUGAAAUCGACAAAGAAAGGCCCGAGCAGAUGGUGGAGUCAAACUCAGGAUCUUCGUGCUGUGAGGCGACAGUGCUAACCACUAUCCCACCAUGCUGCCCCGGUUCGUACGUUCUGCCCGUGGGUUCUCUCCGGGAUAACGGUGUAAAUUCAGUUGAGACAUUCGUUUCAGUUUUCACAAAUCUGAGUUUCUGUAUUUUCUGACUAAAAUCUACACAACAAAAGACAACAGUUGACUACAGCGUUGGUUUCCACAUCUGGUUCGCCCUUUUGUUUUCCUAUGAACUCGAAACAAAAACCUUUAGGGCUAGCAGCCAGUAUUUUGUUUUUUCACCUGCUCCACCAACUAAUUAGUCGGCUGGACGAGAGGCCUGCAGCUUCCACCCAGUCCUCCAAACAUACUUUAACAAACUCCUCCUAAAAGUUUCUGUCAGUCUAAUUUCAAGUUAUUUUCAGUAAAUUUGAAGAAAAAAAUUUGCAAAGAAUCUUGUUUUAAGUCAUUUAACACAUUUACAUAAAUGAAUAUUAGAAAUAAAAGUAAGACUUCCAAAGACCUCUUGUAAUCAUUGGUCUCACUCUCUGUUGAUGAAAACAUGGUUAAACCGUCUUGAACCUCUACAACUCCCAAUAGCAAUGAAGACUUAUAAUAAUAUAAUAGUCGUGUUUUCUGAUAUAAUGUUAACAUAGCACUGCAGCACACAGUGGAGGUUUGUCAGACUGCUAUGAAAACUCUUAGUUUGUUUGUUCUCUUCUGAGUUUAGCCCUGCUUGUUUCUGCAGAAUAAUAACACCAGAAAUGCAAAACUGAGGCUUUUUUGUUCACAGAACCAAAGAAACCAAUCCUUCCCACUGUGUCUUGGGAAUCUCCCAGAGGAAAAAAUAAAGGUUACAUUUAUGCCUCCUAUGCCUCUCAACCCCAUUCUGGAGGCCCCCAUCCAUUCUCUCCCUUCACCCUUAGUCCAAUUAGAAGAAGGUCGGGGAGGUUUUUGUAAGUGUGCUGGGUUUUUGAAGGGGUAUGUGUGUGUGAGUGCAUGUAUGUCUGUGUUUUUUUAUGUGCAGACCACCAACAUAUUUUCUCUCAUUACAUCGUCCUGUCUUUAAACUCAGGUCUUAGGAGAUGACAGAAAGCCUACAUUCUGUCCUGUAUUUAGUAUCUGUAUUUUGCCUUCGAUGAAGCUAGUACAUCUCACUAUUCAUCACUCACUGAAGACAAAAAGAACAACCCCUGGUUUCUUUUCAGGCUGGCGAAGAGUCAGCGUACUAGCCAAAUAUUUCUAUAACCUUAACUCGGAAUGACUCCUUGAAUUUCUUUACAAAUAAAAUUUUAGAUUAUUCCUACCUGUCCCACACACGUAUCAUUAAGUACAACUUUAAAACUACUCAUAUUUAUUUAGACUUUUUUCUCUCUGAUUGAUGUUCCUCAGUUAACCUCAGUUAUUAUUUCCUCCAAACCAUCAUCAUGUCUGAAGCACAUUUACACUC